CCAGCGGUGGACCUCAUAUGAAGCUUGCGAACCCAACAUCCAAAACAUGGACAUAGGUAGGGAGGUAGAAAACUAAAACACACUCCUGCAUCUCAUCUUCAUUCUCUGAGUGAGUUCGGUUGGUUAUACAAAAGUAGAAAAAUCAAGCUACUAUUCUUGAUGGAUGCUUUGUGGGACGUGGAAGACAAAUUGAAGGUUUCAACACGAGGUGCUAUCCUCCUACUAGCGUGUGCAAGCUUUGCAGUUUUGAGUAUUUGCGCUGUCAUUAUUAUGCUUAAACUGAUGAUGGCAUGCAAGAAUAACAAGAUUGUUCACGAAGAGAGUGCUGUACAUGAAAAUGUGACUGAGCUGAAGACUACAACAACUAUAAGAUGGACAGAGUCACAGCAUUGUGGGUGGAUUUCGGUGAAGAGAGUGCUGAUGGGGUCAGUGGUGUGGAGCAGAGCAAGCAAAUGGGAGGAGAGGCAGAGGGGAUCUGCACUACUGCUUGGUGUUGAUGAAAGUGGAUGGCAAAGUCAUAACUCAGCAUCAGCAGUGUGGCAAAGACCGAUCCUAAAAGGGGAGAAGUGUGAGCUACCAAGUUUCAGUGGACUCAUUCUCUAUGAUGAGAAGGGAAGACUGCUUCGUGAUUCUCAUGAGAUCCAAAACAAUGGCAACCAGACUCCCAUACAGGACAUUAUUAUUACUCUCGCUGGGCCAUUGAUAACUGUAGCCGGAAAAGUGGCCCGUGGCAGCGGUCCGGAUAGCGUCUUAAAAACAGAAAUCGAGUAA